UCUCUGUCCUUUGCCACAAACAUGAGGUUCAGUUUUCCUCUCAUGGCCUUAGGCCUGGAGGUGGGUAUGAUUGUUUUAUUUGGAUUAUUUGCAGAGUAUGAGACGGAUCAUGGUAUGAUAUACCAACCCAAUACCACCCAGAUAACAGAAUCGGAGAGAUUCUUCCAGUUAUAUCCUCUAUUCCAAGAUGUGCAUGUAAUGAUAUUUGUUGGGUUUGGCUUCCUCAUGACCUUUCUGAAAAAAUAUGGCUUCAGCGGUGUGGGUAUCAACCUAUUUGUUGCUGCUCUGGGCCUCCAAUGGGGCAUUAUUACACAAGGGAUCCUGCACAGCCAUGGAGAGAAAAUUCAGAUUGGAAUCAAAAACAUAAUAAAUGCAGACUUCAGUACAGCCACUGUUCUGAUUUCUUUUGGAGCUGUCCUAGGAAAAACAAGUCCUAUCCAAAUGCUCAUCAUGACAAUUUUAGAAAUUGCUGCCUUUGCUGGCAAUGAAUAUCUGGUUGGUGAGAUAUUUCAGGCCACUGAUAUUGGGGCAUCAAUGACCAUCCACGCCUUUGGGGCCUACUUUGGCUUGGCUGUAGCAGGCAUCUUAUAUCGAUCUGGCCUGAGAAAGGGGCAUAGGAAUGAAGAGUCUACRUACAACUCGGACUUGUUUGCAAUGAUUGGGACUAUUUUUCUAUGGAUAUUUUGGCCCAGCUUUAAUUCAGCCAUUGCAGAACCUGGAGAGGAACAGAAUAGGGCCAUCGUCAACACUUACUUCUCUCUUGCUGCCUGUGUGCUCACAGCCUUUGCCUUCUCCAGCCUUGUCACACAUGGAGGCAAGCUCAAUAUGGUGCACAUUCAGAAUGCUACCCUCGCAGGAGGAGUUGCUGUGGGCACUUGUGCAGACAUGGAUAUUAGCCCAUAUGUGGCUAUGAUCAUUGGAAGCAUUGCAGGAGUUGUCUCCGUGCUUGGAUACAAGUUCCUGACUGUCUACCAUAGCCAUGCAAGCAGCUGCCUUGGGUUCUUCCGUUGGAACAGCAAUUGUUGGAGGUAUUCUUACAGGUUUAAUUCUAAAGAUWCCUUUCUGGAAACAGCCAUCUGACCAGAAUUGCUAUGAUGAUUCUGUUUAUUGGGAGGU